AUGGCUAAUCGCCUUGACAGUCCCCAUGAUGCCAAAGUCAUCAGUACUUAUUGCAAUCAAAACCUACGUGACCCCAGUUUGAUUUUGAUUACGAGGGACAGUUCCAGGUUCGACAGAAUCGCCGAAGAAGCCUUCCGCCAGGACUUUGCUGAGCACUUCUCCGGCGGCAUUGUUCUGAUUGUCUACUUCCUCUUGAGGUGGCAAUUGCACGAGUUCGAUGAUUUCUUUCCCUGUUGA